UCUGAUCAAAGUUUUAGUUUAUGACAUCCGAAUAUGUUGAAGUUUAAAUUAUCAAAUAAAAUCUGCGUAAAUAAGGGGUCUGAUCAUGAUGAGAGUAGAGAACUAGUUAUUAUAGUGGAUGCUGAUGCAGUAAGACUAAGCACGAUGGGACACGGGAGCAGUCUUCCAAAUCCAGAGCACACACUUGGAAUUGUGCACAGCAAACUGCGGUCUCACCUUACGCUGCUGAAAUGUCUAGCCAAUCUCUCAUAUCCAGACUUCCUUCGUUCUGUUGAAGAACUCAACUCAACAACUUCAACUUUCUGUGACAGAAGAGGGAAACAGUUAUUAUUUUCAGUAGAAAAUGGAACAGAUUCCUCUAUCUUAUGGAAAACAACGGUCAGGAUAAUUUGUCAGAAAGUAAAUUCACACUACAACAGAGUGGAAUCCCAGAGAAGGUUAAAUCUCAAGCAGUAUGUAAUACUGUACCGAGAGAUCGACGAUCAGGUAUCCAACUUAAAUGCCAUAGAACAGGAGAAAGGUCACCUCAGCAGUCUGCCAAGCAACAUCUGCGCGAGUGCCAUUUUUGAUGGGGUCGGGCCCGAGGUUGAUGACAAUGAGUGCUGUAUCUGUAUGGAGAAUAGGUCGGAGAUCAUGCUUCCCUGUGCCCACCAGUUCUGUGAGGGUUGUAUAGAUAGAUGGAAUGUGACCAGCAAAACAUGUCCCAUUUGCCGUGAACGGGUAGAAAGCAGUGACGAGACCUGGGUCUUAACAGAGAAGCCAGAUGACCUUGAGUAUGAGACAGAGGUCAAGGGUUACCUCGUAAGCUUAGCAGACAAACCUGGGCAUAAGACAUGAGGCUUUUGUUUAUUUGAUGAAAAGGAGUAUGAUUAUAUGUACAUGUAUAUUUGUUGGUGUAUGUGACUAGAUACAUGUAUAUUUAAGUCUGUAUUUUAAACUUGUUUCUUAUUUUAUGCGAGUCAGGUUGAUAACAUAGAUACAAAUAAUCAUGUAUGAUUUUCUGUGUUAAAAUAUUUUAACAGUAUUUAUUUUUAAAUCAUGUACAUGCAAACAUACAAAAUUGCACUUUCCAUCUUUUUUGUGUAUUUAUUUUUUUUAUUCAUUAUUCAUUAAUCCUUAAUCUACAAUUAUCCAUUACAUUAAUAUAGGACAUACUCAAAUUAUUUUACAGAUAUCUGUUGAAUGCUUUAUUGAAAUUUUCUGUUCAAAUAUAUUUUAAUACACAUAUCUUGUAUCCAGAAAUGCAAUUGGUAUGAGACUGCUGGAAAUUAGAUUUUUAUGAGUGCAUGAAACAUUGUGAACAUUGUCAGUCAUAAGAACAUUUUAACAAGCAUUGUCAAUAUCCCUUUUACUGAUGAUUGCCUCAUUAGGGUGCCAUGUAUUCACUCUGUUACAUGGAUAUUUUAUUUUAACUGUGCAUUUUCAGUCAGUCUUUUUAUUUUUGGUUUGAGUAGGUCAGAGAUGUGCAUAAUUACUUGUGAUUAAAGUUUUCCACAUGCAUGUAUUUUUAAAGCAUAAUGUGAAUUGUUUGUUUAUAUAUGCCCCUACCAUCAAAUGGUAUUGUGUUGGCCCUUUCCGUCAGUCUGUCAUUCUAUCUUAGUUGUUUUCUUGGUUUGUUUGGUAUUCCUGGAGAUAUUUAAGUGAUUUGUAGUGUGUAAUACUUGUACUGAUGAGUUGCGGAUCAGUUUCAGGUUUGUUCCAAUUGACCUUAGACUUAGUUAAUACAAUACUAGGACAUUGAAUGUACAGGUUUCUUUUCACUGUGUUUGCCGAUAUUGAACUGAUUGUUUUGUGUCAAGUAGUGCUUUGAUGACUUACAGAUCAAGUUCAAAUUUCAUUUUGGUUUAAGAAGCCUAGUGGUGACAGGUUCACAUUGCAACAGGAAGGACAAACUUAGAAUUUAACAUUAGGUAGUAACUGUUCAUUCUCUAUAAGCACCCAGCAUUAGAUGUGAAGGGCACAGGUCUUUUGGAUAUGACCUUAAAAAAACUGAGGUCUUGUGUCAUUGUGUAGGCAUUUGGCACAAUAAAGAACCCUAAGCACCAUAGAUAGGUCAAAAUUUGAGACACUUCACCCCAAAGCUGGUGACCUCAGUACAUAAGCGAAAAAUUUCUUUAAUGGGACGUAAAACAAUAUACAAAAUCACUUUUAUCAAAAUUAGUGCUGUUGGAUUUUGAAAAUGGUUAAAAAUUCAGUUUUCAGUUUGUUUCCCACUGCUCUUGAAAGUGUGGAGUUAAUCUGCCAUUUAUAUAUGUAUAUUUAGUUGGAUGAAUUAUAUUUCAAGUGUGCUUUUUUUCUAGUUCAGCAAAAAACCCGAACCAUCAUUGAAUUAGUUUUUCAGACUUUUCACAUGUAGUGUGUAAGGUGUGGAUGUUACAAACACUCAUAAUUGACUGUUGUACCAAAUGACAUGGUAAUUCUUUGACUAUAGUAUACACAAUAACUAAUGGGCAUUGAUGUCAUUUCAAUACAUCUAGUAUAGAUUCAUUACUAUUUAUUCAUUGUGUUCAAAGGUUUGGUAAAAAGUAGUUUCAUCAGACAUUAUAAUGGUGCAUAAACUUUAUAUAUCUUUUUUUUUUAUUAUAAAAUGACUUAUUCUCUUUGUCUAUGGAGACUGAUUUAAGAGAUACAUGUAAUAAACAUUAUAGUUAAAUUUUUGGAGUUAAUAUGACGCAAUUAUCAUUAGUUUACAUUAAUUGUUGCAAUUCUUCCCAGUAGUGAUGUACAUGUAUUGGUAUGCAACAAGUUUGACUAUGUAUGGAAUUGAUAUCAUCUCCCUAGAUAGAAGUUUUCAGUGAAAUGUAGGGGAUCAAUUCUCUUAGAUGUCUGGGAAAUACUCUUCCAGUGUUGUUUCUAUGACCCAGAGGUGGGUGAAUUUCCAGGGUAUUGCACUUUUGCAGAAUGAAUAAUAAAAAACCCCAACCCCUUUCACUUUUUAGAUAUCGCUGUCCAUAUCAAUUCAUUCUUAAAAAUUUCAAUUUCAAUAUAAUUCAUAUCAUGUUUCAAAUGUAAAAUCUUGGCAGUACAACAAAAAUUGGUCCUACAAAUUUAAAUGAUUCAAAAUUAAUUAUUUGCAAGUUAACAAGAUUUUUGAUGUUUUAUUUUGCAGAAGAAGCACAUGAUUUUUCAAUUACUUUUAUCAUGUUUAGUGUAAUAUGCAGGUGCUUGCAUAACAUUUUGUUUUUUAAAUGUAAAUCGUUUGUUGUAAUGAUGUACAGAAAAUAGGAAUCAUGAAAAUAUAACAAAAAAUGCUAACAAGUAUACAUGGUAUAUUAUGCAUCUGCUAUUUCAUGAGAGAAAGAGAGUAUUCACAGGUUACACUAAGUAAAUGUACAGGAAUUGUACAAAUGUAUGGAAAUUUUUGCAUUGUUUGUGAUUACUUUUGUUCAUGUGAAAGUGUUAUGAAUUGUAAAAUUAUCAAAAUAUUAGUCGUCAAGGAUUAAUUUACAUUGUACCACAAUAUUUCUGAUACAGUAAAUGUACAAGGUAGUCCAGGUACUUGGUAAUACUGUGAUGUGUUUUUGUCUCCAAGAUGUCAAAAGUCUGUUGACAUUCUACAGUCUCUCUGUGACAGAGACAUGUCAUUUUAUGAAAUUGUCUUGUUUUCUCGAGUUUUACAUAAUCUUUCUGACAAAGGGAGAUUACUGUUGAUCGAGCUGAUGUGAUCAAAAUGUUACUAUUGUCUUAAAAACAGUUUAAAAAGGAAUAAAUUUUUAUAAAACAAGUAA